AAUCGCAAAAACUUUCAUUCCAUCAACGUGCAGAUCAUAUGUGACGCACAGAUGCGCUUCACAAAUGUUGUGGCAAGGUGGCCUGGCUCCACCCACGACUCCUUCAUCCUCGCCAACAGCCUGAUGGGGAUGAGGCUCCAAGCUGGCAGGGUGCGGGAUGGAUGGCUCCUUGGUGACAGCGGCUAUCCACUGAAGGGGUGGUUGAUGACCCCCCUCACCAACCCCCAGACUGCCCGAGAACUCGCUUACAACCACGCUCAUACCAUCACUAGAGCUGUUGUAGAGCGAGCGAUCGGGCAGCUGAAAUGUCGGUGGCGCUGCCUGGACAGGAGCGGGGGGAUGCUGCUGUACCGCCCCGACAAGGUGGGCCGCAUCAUUAUUGCUUGUGCCACCUUGCACAAUCUGGCGAACCGCCAUGGCGUCCCACUGGCAGAGGUGGAGGAGCCGGCAAACAAGCCAGAGCCAGCACCCCCCCUUGUGCAACCUCAUGCAGCUGCCAUUCGGGCCCGACAACGUGUCAUUGACACUAUAGAUGGGAAACUCAGUCAAGGACCGCCUGCGUCAGCAUGAGGCCGGUCGGACGGGCCUCAGGAUCGGAGGCAGCGGUGGCGCGGGGUUCCUCAGAUGGGAGGGAGGAGGCUGUGACCCCCGAGGUUCCCGGUUCGGCAUCAUCUGAAUAAAAUUGUAACAAUA